CAGGAAGUAAGGCUGUAGAUGGAAACAGUGGGUGUUAUAAUCAACAAACUAUGUUGCCAGUAGGCCUGGAUAUAGUGGCCUUUGUCCUGUGGUCCAGUUGAUGGUCUUCUGUGGUUCAAGUGUGUCUUCUGCUCCUCUUUCUUCACCACAGGCUCUCCGAUUCAAGAUACUUGCACAGAAAAUGGAAAAAUGUACGCCCACAAUGACAUGUGGAACCCAGAGCCGUGUCGGAUCUGUGUGUGCGACGUGGGGACCGCUGUGUGUGAAGAAGUGGUUUGUGAGGACCUCGGCGACUGUCUGAAAACUGUGACCCCAGAGGGCGAGUGUUGCCCCGUGUGCUUGGCUGCAGCUUCAACAUCAACUCUCAGUGCAGACCCCACAACACCUGCAGAUGAGAAGCGAGGAGAAAGCUGCACGGUCGAAGAGGAGGUCUACCAGCACAACGACAUCUGGAAACCAGAGCCUUGUCGUGUGUGCGUCUGUGACAACGGUGUCGCCAUCUGCGACGAGGUGCAGUGUGAACUGCUGCCAAACUGCGAGAAGGUCGUCACACCUGAGGGAGAGUGCUGCCCCGUGUGCGACAGCUUUGCCAGUGUCAGCCGGGGGAUAGAAAUGAUGGGCUUCAAGGGACAGAAAGGUGAACCGGGUGAUAUCCCAUAUGUGGUGGGGCUUCCUGGACCUACAGGACCCUCGGGUCCUCCAGGAAAUCACGGAUCUACUGGACAAAGAGGCUUUAAAGGCAGACGGGGAUUUACUGGGCCUCAAGGAUUUGACGGAGAGCCCGGUGUGCCAGGAAAUCCAGGACAGCCAGGACCCCCAGGCCACCCCACCCACUCUGGGGGAAACCUAGUGUCACAGAUGGCUUCAGGUUUCGGUGAGAAGUCUGGUCUGGCUGGGAUGGUAUCAGGAACAAGAGGUGAAGCAGGACCGCGAGGAACUCAAGGGAUGCCUGGACAGCAUGGUCCAAGUGGUGGUCAGGGAAUGCCCGGAGAGCCUGGAGAACCAGGACAGAUGGGUGAGUCGGGGCAGCGAGGACCAGACGGGCCACCAGGAAAAACUGGACAUGAUGGAGAAGCUGGACCUACAGGAGCUACAGGAGAAGCAGGAUUUCCAGGAUCUGUGGGUGGAAGAGGAUUCCCAGGACUUCCAGGUCAUCCAGGACUGAAUGGUCAAAAGGGACCGUCCGGUCUUCUUGGCCCAAAAGGCGAAUCUGGAGCGGUUGGAACCAAGGGUAAAUCUGGUACUCCGGGUGCGAUGGGUGCUUCAGGCCCACUGGGACCGGUGGGCAUGCAGGGAGAAAGAGGCAGAGCCGGACCUACUGGUCCUCUGGGAAAGCGUGGUACAGCCGGCCAUGUUGGCAAAGCCGGAAUUCUGGGUCCAAUAGGAAUCAUCGGGGUUCAAGGGUUUCCCGGUAACACAGGAAUGAAGGGUGAAGCAGGACCGACGGGGGUCAGAGGAAGUGCAGGACAGCAGGGUCCCAGAGGAGAUGGUGGUCACUUGGGACCAGCGGGGCCGUCAGGAGAGCAGGGAGCCUCAGGACCUGAUGGAGGUGCAGGUAGCCGCGGCCAAGGAGGUCUCGGAGGAGUGCAGGGUCCAGCAGGCCAGCUGGGGCAGCCCGGUGCCCCUGGCCCCCAGGGGACUACAGGAACACCAGGAUCAAAGGGCCAAUUGGGCGAAGGUGGAGUGUCUGGAUUCAAAGGAGAGGGUGGAUCUAAGGGAGAACGGGGGGACCAUGGUAUUCCAGGUCCAUUGGGCCCGAUGGGAGAUGAUGGAAAGCGUGGACUCCGAGGAGAUGGUGGAUCACUCGGGCCUACAGGACCGACUGGAGAGACGGGAGUUACAGGAAAUCGAGGUUUCCCAGGUUCAGAUGGUUUACCAGGUCAAAAGGGAGCCCUGGGUGAACGAGGACUGUCGGGUUCGACCGGCGGCAAAGGUUUACUUGGAGAUCUCGGACGCAAUGGAGAGCCCGGUUUAACAGGAGCUCGGGGUCUGACAGGACUUCUAGGCGCCCAGGGUUCAGAGGGAAAGCCAGGACCAAUGGGCUCAGCAGGAGAGGAUGGCAAACCAGGCCCAGCUGGUUCUACUGGAAACAGAGGCCCAGGUGGACCGAUGGGCCUGGCCGGACCCAAAGGCUUCGCUGGUGACGCUGGGAAGAUUGGAGAGGCUGGCAGCUCCGGGUCUCCAGGUCAAAGGGGGGUGAAUGGAAAAGACGGAGAGGAAGGCGCUGCUGGUCCUGUCGGCCCAGCUGGAACUGCAGGAAAGAGAGGAGAGCAGGGACCACAGGGACUGCAUGGUUUCCAGGUAAUGGUUUGCCCGGAAUGCCAGGACCACCUGGAGAGUCAGGGGAAACCAGGUGGAGAGGGUCUUGCUGGAGAGGCCGGUACAGGUGGAGCUACAGGUACACGGGGAGAACGAGGCCCCCCAGGAGAGAGAGGUGAAAUCGGGCCCAAUGGGAUGCAAGGAUCCAAAGGUACUCCAGGUGGACCGGGAACAGAUGGGCCAAAGGGCAACCUUGGCUCAAAGGGUUCUGUUGGAGAGGCAGGAGGUCCAGGACUUCAGGGGAUGCCCGGAGAGAGAGGCUUAAACGGACCUUCAGGCCCGAAGGGAGAUGCAGGUUCUGUUGGAGAGGGAGGACUCGAAGGUAAAGCCGGAGCUGACGGUGCACGGGGACUUCCUGGUUCUCUUGGACCUGCUGGUUCCGGUGGACCCAAUGGAGAGAAGGGUGAAACCGGCCCGUCAGGACCGACCGGACGCCGAGGCACCAGAGGAAUCCCUGGUUCUACUGGUGACGUUGGUCCAACUGGUGCCGUUGGUUUCCCUGGUAUUUCUGGUCCUGAUGGUCAACCUGGGGUCAAAGGUGAGACAGGUGAGACAGGCCUGAAGGGAGAGGGAGGAUCACCUGGACCACAGGGGACGGCUGGGAAAUCAGGAGGACAGGGACCUGUUGGUGUGACUGGACUGAAAGGGGGCAGAGGAACGCAGGGUCAAACGGGCUCUCCUGGUUUCCCUGGGCUGCCUGGAGGAGUUGGACCAGCUGGCUCUACUGGUGCUGUCGGGGCAGACGGGCCUAUAGGUCUUCCAGGGAAGAGGGGAACUCCUGGGAUUAUUGGGGAGAACGGAGCUCAUGGACGUCAAGGAGAGAUGGGAACUUCAGGUGCACCGGGCAGCCCCGGAGAGAAGGGAGACUCUGGAGAGGACGGCCCCGGGGGGCUUGAUGGACCUUCAGGACCGGCUGGUGCCGCAGGACAGCGAGGCAUUGUGGGUCAGCCUGGACUGAGAGGAGAGUCCGGCAUGCUGGGACUGCCCGGUCCUGCUGGUCCACCUGGAAAAGCCGGAGCUUCUGGAGUUCAGGGCAGCACAGGGCCUGCUGGUGGAAUCGGUUUUCCAGGAGCCACCGGACCAAAAGGAGACGCCGGCCCUGAGGGUAUCGCUGGAGCAGAGGGGCCUCCUGGGAAGGAUGGUCUUUUAGGGGACAGGGGAGACCGCGGUAACGCUGGUGCAGAGGGUCUGCCUGGAGCUGCAGGGUCUGCAGGAAAUGAGGGUCCUGUGGGAUUGACGGGCGGUCCAGGACAAAGAGGCGACAACGGUGCCAGAGGCUCUCUUGGACCCCAAGGAGCACAUGGAGUACGGGGAAUAGUGGGCCCUCAAGGACCACAGGGGGAGAAUGGAGCAGCUGGAUUACAGGGAGAGAGGGGUCAAAAAGGACACAGAGGUUUCACUGGGCUCGACGGUUUGCCAGGAACAACUGGCGCCACAGGAGAGCCAGGAGCGACGGGUAUUGUUGGACCUGCUGGGCCGAGGGGUCCUCCAGGAGUGGUGGGUCCUCCGGGUAACGAAGGAAACAUCGGUCAUCCUGGACCAAUGGGCGCUCCUGGAAGCAGAGGAUCCAGUGGGGAACUCGGGGCCCAGGGUCCACCUGGUGAUGCCGGACCGUCCGGUCUUCCAGGCCCCCCCGGACCUCCCACGGCAGGUGUGGAAGACCUCUUCGCUGCCCUUUACGAUUACGACGGGCUCGGCGGUGUGCCAGAAGCUGUUGACUUUGUUGAGGACGAUGUGUCUGCCGAUCCUCCUCCUCUUCCUGAGAUCAACAGAGAUGAAGCCCUUCCCAAUAAGAACUCGGCCCUCCUGCGUGCAGACAGCGGAGUCCACGCCACGCUGAAGACCCUCAGCGGACAUCUGCAAAACCUCCGCAGUCCUGAUGGCAGCACGUUGAACCCUGCGAAAACCUGCCAGGACAUCAAGCGGUGCUAUCCUCAGAAGAAGAGCGGCGAGUACUGGAUUGAUCCAAAUCAAGGAAGCACAAAAGAUGCCAUCAAGGUCUUCUGUAAUAUGGAAAGUGGUGAAACCUGCAUCUCCGCCAAUCCGGCUGACCUUCCCCGCAAAGCCUGGUGGACGAAAUCCAUUCCCAGUGCCAACAAACCCGUCUGGUUUGGAGCAGACAUGAACAGCGGAACCAGUUUCCGCUAUGGGAAUGACGAGGAGAAGCCAAAUGCGAUGGCGGUUCAGCUCAAGCUGCUGCAGGUUUUGUCUAAAGAGUCGCACCAGAGCAUCACCUACCACUGCAGGAACAGCGUGGCUUAUAAAGACGAGAAGACCACCAACCUGAAGAAAGCUCUGGUCCUCCGAGGCUCCAACGGCCAGGAGCUGAGAGCACAGGGCAUCAACCGCCUCCGAUACACCGUCAUCGAGGACGGCUGCUCGACAUCAAACGGCGAGUGGAGCAAGACUGUGAUCGAGUACAGGACUCAAACUUCAGCCAGGCUGCCUGUCGUCGACGUGGCCCCCAUGGACAUUGGAAAGCCCGAUCAGGAGUUCGGCCUGGACAUCGGCCCCGUGUGCUUCUCAUAAAACAACGCAAGACGGACAAGAAGCAACCCCUUUUUAAGAGGAGUAACAUCAUCACCAGGAAAAUUAUAGAAUAAGGACUCCUCGUUCUGCGAGCGUACAAGUCGAUGAAGGUUAGAUUCUACACAUGGCUGCAUUUCCCAUAAGCUGUUGAAGUAAGUGUACUUGUGUCUGCCAGCAUGCGAGAGCUGUGUGAUCGGUAGCACGCUGAAAUAAUUUAUUCACCUUUUUAAAUAAAUGUACAAUUUAGAGUACCAGUACUCUACAGGGAAAUGCAUGUGGGCGGUAAAAAUAAAGUCUAAAGGUGCUAAAAUGAAAUCUAAGUUAAAAAAAACAGAGUUUAGAUGGAUUGUAAACUUGCAUAAACUGGAAAAACAGCCAAUAAUAUCAUUGCAUAUCAUUGCAUAAGGUGAAAAUAAAAGGAUUCACACCUUUUCAUUUGGCUUAUUUCCAGCAAAUGCAGGUCCAGAGGCCUGGAUAUGGCAAGAGUUUAAUAUAGCAAUGACUGUAGUUCUUAAUUUUAAUGGAAUAAACAAUGAAAAUCAUGCUUGAACCUAAAUUAUUAAGUUCUGUGCAGGAACUACUUUUACUCUUUCAACAGAAAACCUUUUAUAUCUCCCUUUAAAUCUUCAACUGUAAAUGCAACAUAUGACUGUAAAUUACAAAUUAUUUGUAUGUUGUUGACUAUGGAUGUGGAAUAAAUGUCUUUCUGUGGAUCUUCCCACAAACCAAAGUCAGGAAAGUUGAAUAAACACUCAAGAAAAGCAACAUUUGAGUUUAAACGAGCUCAGAAAUGACAAAGUAAACCAUCUCACCACAAGGGGGAGACAAAGCUUUUCUUUACAGACAUCAGUGAACUGCUUUCACCUGCCAUCCCAAGUGAAUAAGUCAUUAGAUGGACUUUAAAAUGGAAACCUAGCAGUUUAAAACGUGUAAACUUGUGUCUUUAUGAUCAAUUAAAAAAUGUUUACUUUCA